GCUUCGUGGCACAGGGGACAAGGGUGAACACUCUCCGCCGCCGGUGGACCGAAAGCCCGAGCAGCCACCGCCCCAGGGCCUAUCGAAGAGCGACCGUCGAAUGUCGUGGGCGUUUAGCCUGGGGCCCAAGUCCCGCGAGAACACGAGCUCCCACCCGGUGCCGUCGUCCGGCGCUGCUGGGGCCGAUACGAGAUCUGCUAGUGGAGGUCCGAGACUGUCGCUAAAUACCGAGCCGCCGCGACUAGCGGAGCCACCGCGUGUGUCCCCUCUGGACGUUGGUGGACAAGGCGACCUUUGGCCUGGAGGGUUGUCUGCGCCCCCGACAGCGACGACGGCGACGACGAUAACAAACGAACGCAAAGACACAAGCAAUGACCCCAUUUCGCUCUCCCAAAUUGACGUGGCUCCUGCGCCUGCGCCAGGGCUGAGGAAUCCUCCGCACCCAAAUGGAAAUGAGCACGUUGUGGGGGGGCCCGGCCAAGGCCCAGAUCCAGACCCAGAACGGCUGCCAGUGCCAGCAGGCUCAGCAGCAACUGAGGCAGGGCAGAUGCCAUUGAGCGAAGCGGAUUGGGUGCUCGUUCCCCGCCAGGGCCAGGCCACUGCCGCGCAAGACAUUGUCGCUGGCUCUGACGCGCGCGUCGCUCCAUGUCUCUCUCCAAAAUCUGUCGCUGGACAGGCUGCUGCUGAGGGUCGUCGCAUUGGCACUGGCAUGGCGUCGCAACCGCAAUCAGACGCGAGGCCGGAUGCCCAGCGCCACUCGUCCUUCAAGGGACUGCCGCCGUUGCGAAGAAACUCGUCAUUUGGCCUGGCUGCAUUUAUCACGGCCGAUGGUCAGCAGCAAGACGAGUCUGCUGCUCCUGGACGCGACUCGCCUGCCCAGCCUCACCAAGCUCCAGCUCAUCAACCUCAACCUCACCCUCACCCUCAAAGUCAGACUCAGCCCUACCAAUCUCAAGAUGGCACCAUUGCCCAUCAGACUCCUGUCAGCGCCUCCACACAGCCGAUUGAAGAGGCCACUCAUCGCUCCGUUGGCGUCGACAGUAACGCGACUCUCGUCGGGCAAGAAGGCACCAACCGCACUGGUCGCAGUUCCAUAAGCAUAAGCAAAGAGCCUAUGCGUUUUUAUCAGCAUCCACAGGGCCAACAACCACUGCCAGCCGAUCCCAACACCGGCGCACCACGCCAGGCUACUUCACAACCCCAGCAAUCGCCCGGCCAGCCUGAUGCCAGUCCGCAGCCGCCUUCAGGAUGGCAACUCGAGGAGAGCCACUUGAGUGAACCAUUGCAGGUCGCCAGACGUCGGGCAGGCACCGGCAGCUCACAGCAGCAGGUCACCUAUGGCUCUCUCGAGAAAGAAACGGGCGGCACCUUGCCCAUGUCUCCUUCAUCCCCUGCCUCGGGGUCUCAGCAGCAGCAGCAGCCGCAGCAGCAGCUGCCGACGCCUUCACCGCACCCACCCCGUGGAAGAUCAUCAGAUGUGCCUCCGUCAUCGGCUCGACGUUAUCCGGACCUCUUCAGACCUACAAACCAGCAGCAGCGUGACCGCGCCGACUCUGGUGGCCAACCCACGUCGCCCCCGAUGCAGGGACCCUACCAGACACUCAACCAAGUCGACCCUGCGCAACACUGUUCCAGGGCCGGGCUCGAGGGUAGUCCUGCACCAAGCGAGGGCCGCAGGAAGUCGUCCAACAUCUUCAAGGGUCUAGGCGAUCGCCUGUCCGGUGCCAAGUCGAACGAGCGUCGCAGUUCCCUCGCCGAGCAGAGCACUCCCGCCAAUGGACAGCAGCCAGUCGGGUCUCAUGCCAGCGUCCAAGCACAGCACCCAUCAGAGGAGCCCAAGAAGAAGCGCUCGAGUUUAUUGCCCAGUCUGAAACAGCGACCCUCACAUGAUGCGGUCAAUGAGCCUCGCGUUGGAGAUCACCACCGUCCAGCAACGCAGGAGACCAUGCAGCCACCGGAGAGAGCGCAGACGGGUACGCCACAGUCCGAGAAAAAGAAGUCACUCUUGGGAUCUGCGGCGGGUCGGGUGUCCGCUGCGCAGCAAAAGUACAUCCCUGGCGGUCUCCCUGGUAUCAAUCGUGCGUCCACUUCCGACGUUGCUGUUGACUCAAGCAGCACCACUGGUAAUGAGACUUCAAGCAUAGGACCCCCGAAGAAGCGGUUUUCCGGCUUUGCUGACAAGGCUGCUGGCCUUGCGGGCAAGCUACACAGACCGAGUCAAGAACAUGCAAAGCCCAGCACAUCUCACUCGAGCUUUUCCUCCAUGAACCAGCUACCUCAGCCUCAGGCCCCCGGUGCGAUGAGCCACCAAUCCCUUCAACCACCACCUUCCCGGACGAGGGACCGCAGCAACACGGUUGACUCGACUGGCUCUCAGACAAUGGUGCCGCCAUCUGGUCCAGACGCCGAAGGCGACCGACAAGGUAGGAGAGGUUCUUUCACAGGAGCCAUGAACUAUCUCUGGGGGAGCAAUCGAUCUUCCUCGAAAACAGGACAGCCAGAGCAACCAGGGCCAUACGCUGGUCCACCCAGAUCACUGCACGGCGAUGGACAAGGUCUCAUGGGACCGCCCGGCUCCUCGCAAGGCCCCGCUGACCGAGGCAACUCGAUGGACGCUGGUUCACGAGCGUCUAGGCAGUUCAUUACCCAGACUCUACCUGCUCGCCCAUCUCCUCUUGCCCAGCAGUCAGCAGCUCACGGUCCCUCGUCGCCCAUCGAGUACCAGCCUUCUCACUCGCUGCAAGACCCAGCAGCAUACGGCAACAAUGGCCGCGCAGGAUCACCUGUUGGCGCACCUUCAAUUGGGCUGAUGGGACAUCAGAACCAGCAACGCAACUCUGUGCACUCUGCGGGUCCCUCCGUCACUGGCUACGCAGGCCAGGAUGAGGUAUCCAGAGCAUCAAUGGUUUCGCCUGUAGGGUCCGUCACUACUGAGCAAGGCAACCGUGCUUCGGUAACCGAGGGCAGCGUGAAGCGAUCUUUGUCGCAGCGAACGGUGGACGACCCCCAGGCCACGCCAACUUCUCCCGUCAAACGUUUGCCAACUCCUCAUGCGAGCGCCUUGCUGUCAUCAAUGGCACCACCGAAUGGCCCAGGACAGUCGUCUGCGACUACCCUGCCAGCCGAAGGCGCUGCACCCAAUAAUACCCUCAUCCAAGACGGCAGGGGAUCCGGAUACCAGGAACACACAAGACCGGACUCUGGCCAGCCACCGUCAUUGCAAUUUGGUCGGAACGUCUCACUCCGGAAGCCCGUCCCACAGGCGACGUCUGUUCCGUCACGUGGGAGCACUCCUGUACACAUGGAAGCUGUGCCGCCAUCCGCCCACAAUGGAUCACCUGCACGGGAGAGGGUUGUCUCGGCACUUGUCCAGCAACCGGGCUCUCAACCUCAAUCACCAAUGGGCUUCCGGCCACCCCCUCCUCCUGCCGGGCACCAGACAUCCCCUACUCCGGCACAGCAUGCAACGAAGCUGUCGCCAUCUCCAGCAGGCGCUCUGCCUACCAAUGGACCAUCUGAUGCGCUACGCCAGCCUGGCUCAAGGCAAAGCCUGGGCCAAACACUUCCCCAACAACCCUUCCAGCAGCCGCGGCAACCUCAGGGCCCAUCUCAAGGCCCCCAGCAACAAUAUUUUCAACGUGGACAGCAAGGCGCGCCCCAGCAGCCUCAGUUCAGCAACCAGGCACCGUAUGGCCAGCCUGGUGGGCCAGGGCCUCAGCAAUCUGGAUAUCCUCCCCAGACACAGCGGAUGCAGGCGCCUAAUCGGCAGGGCAAGGUCCCGAGCCAACAGCAGCAGGGAAUGCCACCCCAAAGCCUGCCCUUCUCUGGACAGCAGCCUGUGCAGCCAACUGCCGGCAGCGAGUCGAAACUGAAGGGUUGGAAGAACCGCGUGUCUAGCCAGAUGGCAACCAUCACAUCACAGCCCAGCCAGCAGCAGCUCAAUACCGAGGCUGCUGACCAGCCCAAGCCCGAGAAACAGGGAUGGAAGGCCCGCAUGUCUGCAAUGGGUCAACCCGCGCCCCAGAACGGCCAGCCAAAGCCAGCCCAGUCACAGCCUGGCAAGCCCUCGACCGGCGGGAAGUUGCUUGGUGCCUUGAAGAAAGUGGCCAAGCCAAGCGAGAACCCGCCGCCUCCACCACCAAAGACCGGACAGCCAUCACAGCAGCCCCAGUGGAGACCUAGUCCUGUGCAACAAGCUCAAGGAUUUCCACCAUCGGCGCAGCAUCCGUUUGCGCCUCACAACGCGUACGGACAGUACACCCAGCAGGGCCGAGGUCAGCCGGGGCCGCCUCCUAACGCUGGUCCUCCUCAAUUCUAUCAGCAACCCCAGCAGUACCGCCAAGGGGGUCAGUAUGUUCAACAACAGCAACACGCUCCGGAUCCUCUUCCUGGGCAGCCCGGGCAGACCCAUUAUACUGCUCCCCAGCAUAGACCGCCUCAACCCAGCCACGCACCUCACCAUGGUUCGUAUGGUCAGCAAAUGGCCAUGCACCAUACCCAGCAGGCUACGCACCGCCCAUCAGAGCCGCAGUAUGACCACGUGCCUAUUCCUCAGGGCUAUACUGCCGUUCAUGGCGAGGGUAUGGUAGCCCCCACCAACUAUCACGUCUCGCGUGGCCCUAUGCAGCCCCAAGGCCAUUUCUCUCCCCAAGAGCAGCAGUAUCUGCAGGGUCACCAGCCUCAAUUGCAACACCAGCAAAUGCUUUAUCAAGGACAAGCUCCGGCUUCAGCGUCACACGCUUUCAAUGAGCCGCCCGCUGCCCCGUAUGGGAGACAGGUGCCUGUCCAGCAGAUAGGGCAGACUCAGCAGUCUACGAUUCACAACGAUACUCUGGUCCCCCAGCAAGUUCAGAGCCAGGAUCAACGUCGCCACAGCGCGGCCACUGGCUCGCCCCCUGAUAAUGGUAGCUUCAAUCUCCCCAUCCAAGGUGGCAUUACCCCAAGUACGUCUACACCAGCUCGAACACCCGAUGAGGUCCCCAUUGAGGCUGUGCAGCAACGGGACUCUCUUCAGCGUCCGCCAGCUCUGCGCCAUGACACAAUCAUGACCGAUGGCGGCCGCAGUGUCGAGUCAGGAGUCAUGGGCGGCUCCGGACAACGACUAUUGCCACCUGGCCAGCCUCAGUUUGGUCAUCACCUGCAGCCCCAGUCCAGCAACAGGAGCCUGAAUACACAGGAACCCUCGCGUGAGGGCAGUCAAAUCUCUUCUACAACCCCUGGCAACACCUCUGAAAUCACCAGGCCGGUCUCCAUAAGCCCUGAUGCUGACAUUGUCAACCAGCAUGAACGGAAUACCAAGGAUCUCAACGUUGAUGUGGCCAAGUCGAACAAGGUGGACGAGGAGAACAUUUACGACGCAACACCUCGACUGGAUCAGAACAGAACUGGCGCUUCGGACAACUCCAUGUCGGGAUCGGCAAUGAGCGGCCACAAGGUGCCUGUGACCUCUGUCAAGGACGCUGAGCAAGCCAAGAGGGAUGAUCCUCCUAUGAUGGAGCUCGAGGACACGGCGGACGCACGCAUGCGCACUCUGCGACUGAAUUCGCAAGAAGAGAAAAUCUUCUACGACCCCGAGGGCGACGUGCCGAAGAUGAGUGCCACUAGUUAUCCUGGCCAGGAGUGGAACCCAUACGGCGAGCCUGAGUUUGGGGAUUGGAAGGAGGAUUGAUCCGUUGGAUAUGAGGAUCUCAAAGUCACAACUUUUUCAACUUGGGUUUCUUAGGUCCGGUGUACAUGCAGUUCCAGAUACCAAUUUCUUUCUCUUCUUGUUAUUCCCGUUGUGGGAAAAAUGCUUUCGCAUGUAAACAUGCUAGAAUAGCAUUGUCAGGCAUAUAUAUAGUAUUCACUCGACAAGUCGCUAGCGCUGGUGAGCAGAAUCUAGCCACCUAUAGGUUAGUAAUUUAUAUAAUUAUAGUGUAAG